GACGCAGGUCACGUGACAGACAGCGCGGGAGGUUCUGAGCCGCGAGUUCGGAGAAGUCCAGCGCUGAAGAGGAAGAUGAAGAUUUACUUCUGCGGCAGCAUCCGCGGCGGCCGGGAUGACGUACACGUGUACCGCAGGCUCGUGCACAAGCUGCAGAGCUACGGGAGCGUGCUGACCGAGCACGUGAGCAACGCCGAGCUGAGCGACACAGGAGAGUCGGCGGCGCUGGAGGACCGGGUCAUCCAUGACCGGGACGUGGCGUGGCUGCAGGAAUCGGAUGUGAUCGUAGCCGAGGUGACACAGCCGUCGCUGGGCGUGGGUUACGAGCUGGGCCGGGCCGUGGACAUGAAGAAGACGGUUCUGUGUUUGUUCCGGCCGUCGUCGGGCCGCACACUGUCCGCCAUGAUCCGUGGCGCCGUCGAUGGCGAGCGUUUCCAGGUCGUGGACUACAGCGAGAAUGAGCUGGAAAAAGUUCUGGAGGAAUUCUUUGUCAACCUGAAGAACGGCGCAGAGAAGAGCCGAUAGGGACACUUUGGUUAGAAUGAAUAAAGUCGUUUUCUACCAUUCA